AACGCCCUGGCCACCCGGCUGCUGUUCGUGCUGCACUCGCUGGUUGGAGUCUGGCGAGUGACCGAGGUGAAGAAGGAGCCGUGGUACUGGCUGCUGGCGCUGCUCAACCUCUUGCUCUUUCUGGAGACGGCGCUCACCCUCAAAUUCAAGCGCGGCAGAGGCUACAAAUGGUUUUCACCAGCCAUACUUUUAUAUCUGAUUAGCAUUGUUCCAUCAUUAUGGCUUCUUGAAAUGCACCAUGAGACUCAGUAUUGCAGUAGCCAGUCUGAAGGAAUGUCACAGAAUACCAGCAGCAAAGAAGACUUCAAUCAAACUCUAAUGUCAAGUGAACAAACCAACGGAGCGGAUGACCUCAUUGAGACGGCCAAAGUUUUUGUAAAUAACUUAUCUACAGUAUGCGAGAAAGUUUGGACUUUGGGACUCCAUCAGACAUUCCUGCUAAUGCUCAUAAUUGGAAGAUGGCUUCUACCCAUUGGAGGCGAGAUCACACGGGAUCAACUCUCUCAACUUCUCCUUAUGUUUGUGGGGACAGCUGCUGACAUACUGGAAUUCACAAGUGAGACCUUGGAAGAAGAAAAUGUGAGGAAUAGCCCUGCCCUGGUCUAUGCCAUCCUUGUUAUAUGGACCUGGAGUAUGCUGCAGUUUCCGCUUGACCUGGCAGUACAGCACAUCGUGUGCCCCUUGUCUGUGACAACGAGGGGGUUUCCCAGCCAGUUCUUCUGCCAAUACAGUGCCGAUCUGUGGAACAUUGGAAUCAGCAUCUUCAUACAAGACGGUCCCUUCCUUGUGGUGCGUCUCAUACUGAUGACCUAUUUCAAAGUGAUCAACCAGAUGCUCGUGUUCUUUGCCGCCAAGAACUUCCUCGUGGUGGUGUUACAGCUCUACCGCUUGGUGGUGUUGGCGCUGGAUGUCCGCGCCUCCUUGCGAAGUCGGCGAGAAGGCCGGGAAGGAGAGCACCGAUGCCCUGGUGAACCAGCUGAGAGUGCGAUACCACCUGGGGACUGGGCAGGUGGCUCUCAGGAAGGCGUGGCUAUUCCUUUACAGGCCUCACCGGUCACCUCCGGUGACUCUCACUCUACACCAUAGUGAGUCAUUGACAGCAGCAUGCAGCUAGAAGGUUUGACUUUCUGGUUCUUCUUACCGACAGAAUCUUCCUCUGACUCUCUCUCUCUGUCUUUUUUUUUUCUUUUAAACCUUGGCAUAUAAUAAUUUUCAAAAGAACAACAUAAAAAGUGAUCUUAAAUCCAAAGCCGAGGAAUUUUCUUUCUUCAACUGAAUGAAAAGAACUUUGAUUAGUGACUAUCGCUACAACUUCUGCGUGAUGGUAUCAGAUGUUAUAGUUGUUCAACGACUAAGUGAUUUGUUUGUCUUGAACUGUUCGAAAAGCUUUGGACAGGGUUACAGCGACAUGCCCUCCAGAGAUUUAAUGCAGACAAACUGUCGCGGCUGUUACCUGAAAAUAGAGAAGCUUUGAACUUUGGCUCUAUUGUCAGACUAUCUCAUCUGAUCUUUUCUGCCAUGUCCCUCUGACAUCAAAAAAUGUACAUUCAGUGAAUGCAGAACAAAUGAAGGGAAAAGUGCCUUUAAAAUUACCUCACUGUGGGCUGGAAGCAGUGAAAAUCUCUGCCCAGCUGCCAUAGCAUCAAGAGCCCUCUUCAUCGCUGCACAGACCUUCCCAGGAAAAUCGUUUUUCUGGGCUGAUGUGGUAUUCUGUCAUGGCGCAUAUGCUCUUACAGAAAUUUUACUGCUUUGGCUUGGGUGCCUCACAAUUCACAGCGAGCCAUUUUGGUUACCGAUCUGCUGGUUGUGAGGCAGGAAAUACUGGUAAGGCUAGCAAAGACACAAUUUCCACCCUGAACAUGAUUUGCAGAAUUCGUCAGUAUUUUACUUAACUCCACUUUUGGAUUUUCUAUGUCGCCAAGUUGAAUUAUGUGGGUUGAGGCAAGAAAGCACUGAAGCAGUGAAUAAAGGUGUUUGGGGCCCUUUAAAUGUUACCAUAGUUGCUGGUGUCUGUCCCCAGUCGUGGGAGCUCCUCUGAGCUGCCACGACUGGAGACAGCCUUUGGUCUUGGGGAGGAUGUUGGUGAUGGAGGCUUACGUUAGCUCUACUCACAGUCAACAGCCCUUGAUUAGUGACGGGGGUCAGAAAAUGCCCCAGCAUCGUGGAAGUAAGGAAAUUCGCUUUUCUUCCUUGCAUUAAGACUGCAUUUCCCCUGGACUGAAAUGGCUGUAUUUUCCCUUUAUACACCUCUGUACCUUCCAGAGGGAGGCGAUUCAGAACCUUUUACGAUGAUGUUUGCUUUCAAAGAAACACUGUGAAAAUUUACCUGGCUUUAUAGCAGUAAUUAUCUGAGGCAUACAGCUCCAAAACUGUUCUUUUAGGGUUCAGAGCAUAAUACUUCCUUGUUAUUAUGUUCAGGAAUUCAAAGGGACAUUAAAGAUAUGGCAGGGUAUGACCUUAAACUGGGUGUGACCUACCGACAACCAACUGGGAGAAUUUUAUCUAUAAAUCUGUGUGACAUGAUGAUGUCUGUUCAAAAUAUUUAAUUAAAAGUUUCAUAGGCAAAUUGUUUUUUUACAGAAAAAUUAAAAUUUUCCAGUGAAUAGCUUCUUCAGUGCCUGAUAAUCAUGCUUCUUUCUUUUCUUGCUUGUGUUUCUAAUUUUAACAAUAGGAUGAUUGUAAAAUUACAAAUGAAGCUAAUGGGACACAUUUAUAAUUUUCCAUAAUAAUUCUAUGAAAGUUAAGACCAGGAAGUUAUAUUUAUAUAAAGUAAAGAACUUGACAACUUUUAAGGGUACGUUAUUUAAAACGCUUAGCAAUUGAAAGCAAAAUAAUAACUGCUAUUUAUAAAGACGCCUCAGCAAAGUCUGUUUUUAUGUUGACUGUUUUAUGUUGAAUGUUUUCCUCCACAACAUGUAUGUGCUGCUUAUUACCACAGAUUUGCUCAUGGGCAUGCUUUUUAUGUUUUAAAUUUUUUCUUCCAGCAAAACAAAUAUUGGGACUCUAAAAAUAGACUGAAGUAUAAAGCAGUACGGCUGUUGCAAGGGUAUUUUUAAAAUGCUUUCAAAUCUUGAGACUUGGCUUGGCUCCGUGAAUGAAUUUCUAGUAUUUAAGUAAAGAAUUUUGUAAAUAGUGCUCUUUCCAAAGGCCUGGGAAGUAGAGUCUAGCUUUACUUACAGUGCCAGGAGGGCAGAGAGUGCCCAAGACUAUCUCAGCAAGCAGUGGUGGCAAAAAUAGACACAUGCAUGCAAGGUUUUCCAGGAAAAUCCGCUAAGGGCAGCAUUUGUUAACCUUACUGCCAGUACUCCCACUCGCUUGGACUGUUUUUAUAGCCCCAAAAAAGUAUCUAUAUUCAUUAAGUUUAUUGAAAAAUAAAACCUAAGUCCCGAUUGUAUGCCUAGGACCCCUGAUGAAAAGUUAAAAUCAAUUCAGUGAACUGUAUGUUUUUUAUUGUAGAUUGCUAAAUACUGUAAUGUUUGAAAACAUUCAAGUGUUUACUAUAAAGUGCCUUGGACAGCAGUUACUUCCCAUAGGUUGACAUUUUGGAGCUUGCUUCCAUUUUAUCUGUAAUAACGUAACUGACUGAGAUUAUCUGUAUGGUGCAAUCGAAGCCCUACACCUCUACCCACCCACAUGCCAAUCCCCAGCCAUUGAAGAAAGUGGCUUAUUUGUGGUUAUUGGUGCUGUUGUUACUAUUAUUGUUGUUACUGUUAUUUAAUUGCUUGCUUAAAGCUCAACCAAGUGUCCUUCCUAAAAACAUAUCAUUUCCCUUGUGAGAAAACACAGUGUGCAUGUUUUAAUGAUGCUGUGUAGAAACACACUUCAUAACCAUCUUGUGCAGUUUCUUUCCUUACUAGGAGUCUCAGAGGACAGGCCGUGACACUGCAAGAUUAGUGAACUGCCUUUGUCUUUGAUUAGUCUGUUAAUUUUUAUUUAAACUGGAACAGAUAACAUAAGAAAAUGGAAAUUUUUAUUGACCAAUAACAUGCUUCCCAAUCCUCAAAAAUGAAGACUCACACAAAUCGAUCAGUUGGCUCUGCUGGAGUUCCACUAACAUGGAGCAGCACUUUUGGCCUUAUAUGACCAAAAAGAUGUGGCCAAGCACUAUUAGGACUCACUAUCAUAAUAUUAAUUGUUAACUUGGUAUUGCAUAGAAACUUCUCAAAGCCCUGGGAAGGCAUGCACUGCGGUACGGAUGCUUCUGGAUUUCCACCCGAGUUCCAGGGUUCUACACUGACUCGAUUACCUUUGGCAUUUAAUUUCAACGACUCUUGAUCAACUCUCUGGUUAAAAGAGAGAAAGGAUUGCACUGUCCACUGUCCCUCUACUCCAGUGCCAGGAAAGUGAUCCACAUGAUGACAUAUAUUCAGAGCCUCAGAUGUUUAGUAAGUGAAAAACUAAACAAUCUGGAAUUAUAAGAAGAGGAGAAACUGUUACUUUUUUUUCUAAUUUCAGACUAUGCAUUUUACUUAAUGGGCAUUCUGAUCCACUCUCAGAAAUGUCUGACUUGGGGUUAAACUAGGCAGCUGGAGGAUGUUUAUAGCUUUGAGGUUUCAAAUAACUACCCAUAUGAUGGGAGUAACUCUAAACAAUGUUUGAGUAAUCAACUCCUGCAGUCUUACAUUCUAUGGGUGUCCAUCCUCUGAAACUUUCUUACUAGAGUAUUUUAUAGAAUAUUUUCUCUGAAUUAUUUAUAUUUAUACUAUUUUGCAAUGAAUGAUACUUGUAUUUUGUUAUAUAUAUUAAAUAGUUUGUGUACAACCUU